AACUGUAUAGUGCUACAAUACAAGAUCCAAGAUAUAUCACCGGAAUACUGUCGUAUUCAGUCGGAUUCAGUCUCAGGAAUUCUGUUCCUUCACCGAUAGUGGAAUAUUCGGGGAUAAAUAUUUUCAACAAGCCGCAUCUACAAGCCUUCAAUUCUUCUGUGGUAUAAGGAUGAUGAUUUGCUGAAGAGUUCAGUUUAGGAUUGACAACGGACAGAGCUUUCGAGUACGGAUACUUCCAUCUUGACAGGUUUUCUCUUCACCACAUAGACCGAGCCUACUUUCACCAUCUGAGUCCUGCCUUCAUGAUCCUGAGGAGAGGCGGCUAGGACUGCGAGACCAGGUGAAGCAUGCGGGAGAGAGCUCGCAGCAAAAUGGCAACCCUUGAUGCUGGAGGACACGUAGAACAUGGAUCUGGGCGGUCGCCCGGUAACCGAUCCAUCCAGGACCGGCUCGGCCUAGCCGCCAUGCAGCCCUUCCCGUCCAUCCGACGCAUCCGUCGGCUCUCUGUGCACGACCGGUCCAACAGCGAUUCCAACCUUGCGCACCCAGACCUGCAGCGGAGGACAGGACCCCAGUCGACACUGGUGGUCAGUAAGAAUGAGAUUAUCCUCGGAGGGGAACAUGGGGACAGCGCAAGCGUCAACGUGUCUUGGGAUAUCCGGGAAGAUGUUGGGUCACAAGACUGGAUUGGUCUUUAUCUUAUAGGAGAAAGAAACCCAGCCAGCUACCUAAGCUAUAAGAACCGAGGGGUCAGCGGCACGCAUAAAGGUCAGAUCAUAUGGGUCGUCGAUGCAGAACCAAACUUCACCAAGCCUUUAACAAAGGUAUGUUUUAAAUACUACCACGGAGCUACAGGGGAGUUACGAGCAUGUACGUCAACUAUCAACAUCAAGAACUUAGAUGUCUGGGACCCAGAGUCAGAUGAUGACGAACUAGAUGAAUAUGACCCCUUUAUUAAGCUCACAUUAUCAGGAGUGAAAGCAGAAGGCUUGAAGAAGGGCAUCAUCUUCAACCCCCAUCCUUACAUCAAAUUCAGCAUCCAGACCAGAAGACCGGCCAAAGACCAGCAACAACAGCAACGUACCAACAACCACCACCACCACAACAACAGCCACCACAGCAGCACCCAACAACACCAGCAGCAACGCACAACAAUAGCAGAGAAUACCGUCAUGCCGGCCUGGCAGGGCCAGGAGUUCACCUUCAAUGUGACCCGCGUAGAUGUGCUGGAGAUCGAAGUCAAAGACAAGUUCAACCGGAGCCAUCCGGUCAUAAGCCGAUUCCUGGGCAAGCUUUCUAUCCCGGUUCAACGACUCAUCGAAAAGGUGGCGCUAGGGGAGCACACAGUGACGUACAGCCUGAAUAAGAGGCAUCCGUCGGACCACGUCAGUGGUUACCUUACCUUCACAGUGAAUAUGGAGGAAGUCCCAGAUGACUCUAUUCCCAAUGGCCACAUGGGAGGUCCCCCAGAGUUUAUCGACAUGACCCGGUCAGCAUCAUUCCCAGUUUCUCUCAGCGUAUCAGGCGAUGCUUCUGUUGAAUCAUCACCACGACAUUCCAUCAUCUCUGAGGAGUUGGAAAAUGCGCACAAUUCGGUCGCAAGGUCGUCAUCAGCACCGGCGCAUGCUGUGAACCACCAGAGGGAACCAAAAGCCAUUCAUGUACCACCCAUAGAACCACCGACACCCACGGACACCAGCAUCACAGCACCUAUUUCGAAUGAGCAGUGGUCACGGGCCACGCAGGACAUGUCAGAGCGGUCGCUGGAUCAAGUUGAGAGCAUCUCCUGUCUGUACUCUCUUCAUGGUGCAGGAGACAGCCCUACAAGGGAACCAUCAACAACAGUUACCACAAGUGGCACCAAUGGUGAGAGUAUACACCGGCCAUUGACGAUUAAUAUACCUGGUGUACAGAAUGCACCGGCUUUAGUGUCUAGUAUCGGUACGCAAGUGACUCCUUCCCCAACGACAAGACCACUGGUCAGUUUGGCAAGUCCGGAAAUUGAUCAAAGAACUUCACCUGAAGAAAAUCAGGAAGAGAUUAGGGAAAGUGUAGAUAUCAAUAUAACGCCUCCUGAGGAGAGUGCAGAUGUUCCUGCAAGUCCAUUGGAGGCAGCUUCCAGUCACUCGAUCAGUGCGCCUAUAACAGUCUCGCGCAGGAGAUCAACGGAUGAUAGUGAAUCAGUUAGAUCUCACCCUUCUCUUAGUCCACGCUCUUCGUUACCAAACAGUUUGUCACGUUCGCCUGAAGGUAGACAUCGUGCCUUGAGCGAUAUUCUGCUGAAGCAGCAGAUCGACGAGGAGGUCCGACGGUUACGGAGCAGGUCAUCCCUAUCGAACUCUGAAUCCUCACCUCACCAAAGUGAACAAAACUCUGAAACAGGAUCCUCACAAAGCAAUGUUGCCUCACCGAGUACACCUUUCUCAAGUUCAGCCAUUAAAGCCAAUGGUAUGGCAGUCGAGAGGACUUCUGCAGACUCUGCGACAGCGGAACCUGAUGCAGGGUCAGGUAGCGGUCCAAGCAUUACGCCGAAGGAACCAAGCGUGGUAGAUUCUACUGAUGGUGCUGCUAUCUCACAUACUAGGAACAAUAACAACAGCUUAUCUCAAGUAGCCAGUGAGAGCGAAGUUCCAGCAACUGUAGCUGGUAGUGUAAACGGAGAGUCCUCAAGGGAGGAAAUACAAGCCAUAAGCAAUGGACCCGUUUCCACAGAAGGACAGGCAUCAAGCGUGAAUGGAGAGGCCAACAAGAGCUCGCCAGAGGGUUCAGCUGCUACGACCCCAGCGGCUUCCACCAGUAGAGAAGAUGUGGUUCCCCCCAUGGGCACACAGAGCUCAGCUCCACCAGUGGGUAGCAGGACUAGAAGGAGAUCGAGCCAUAGGAACAGUGCUGUCUGGCAGAAGCGGCAGGGACUCAGGGCUGCAGCGGCUGGCCUGCAUGUGACUAUCCCUGGUACAACGUCGGAGAGUUCAAGCACUGAUUCGCCUACGACCCCUGUCUUGACCCCAGGUCAUCGAAACACCUACCAGAGAUACGUUCUUCCCGAGGAAGAGGAUCCACUUCCAGACAAUUGGGAAGCAAGGAUAGACCAGUACGGCAGAGUGUUUUAUAUUGAUCAUCAGAGCAGAGCUACUACAUGGACCAAGCCAGGACGCAACCAGACUGGUAGACAUCCCAGGGAUACAAGGGCUUCAGAACAAAGCAGGCAACAGCUUGAUAGAAGGUACCAGAGUAUCAGGAGAACCCUACAAAGCAAUGACAGCGAUAGCCGGAGAAACAGCUCCGAAGGCCCUUCCCAGUCCAGUUCUUCAGAGAGUAUACCUCACAUUCAGAAUCCAAGGAAUCAACAAUCUCUCAUGGAGUCGCCUGCAGUUCUCUUCAUCACCAGGCCAGAUUUCUUCAACUUCCUGCAUUCAAACUCGGAUGCUAAAAACACAUUCCAGAAGAACUCGUCUGUCAAGCACAUGGUGAACCGAAUCAGGAGAGAUCCUGGAAAGUUCGCUGAUUAUCAGCACAAUCGUGAUCUUGUCGCACUCCUCAAUUCCUUCGCCGAUCCUCGUGCCGAUCUUCCGAGGGGAUGGGAAACCAAGAAGGACAAGUCAGGCAAGGAUUUCUUCAUCGACCAUAGCAACCGUGCCACAAGUUUCAUCGACCCCCGUCUUCCUCUCAACAUUGUGGAUACGUCAGGAGCCAUGUUGGUUCCCCCUAGAGGCAGGAUCAGAAGCCGCAGUGAAGGGGAAGAUGAACUACAGAACAGUACCUAUGCAAUCCAAGCAGCCCAUAAUGCCAGGGGAAGCAGGGGGUCAACAGGACCUCCUCCCGUUGUACCAAGACCGGUGGAAACCCUUCGAGGAGGGUCAUCACGCUCUGAAGAAGUCCCCAUGGCAUACAAUGAGAAGGUGGUAGCGUUUCUACGGCAACCAAACAUCAUGGAUAUCUUGGUCGAGAGACAGCCUGGUCUUGGUGCUAAUCAGAAAUUAAAAGACAAGCUUGUUCAAAUAAGGAAAGAUGGUCUAGAAGCUCUUGAAAGUCUAUCAAAUGACAUGGAAUUAAUUAUGUUAUUAAGUUUAUUUGAGGAGAACAUUAUGAGCUAUAUGCCCAACCCUCAACAAGCCAAUGCCUUGAGAUCUACGUUAGCACAAGCAAUUUCACCACAGAACUCACCACAACAUUCGCCUCAUUCUUCUCCAGUUGUUGGGCGUGCCAAUGCCAGAGCACCUGCCCCGUACAAGCGAGACUUUGAUGCCAAGCUUAGAAACUUCUAUCGAAAGCUAGAAGCCAAGGGCUUUGGUCAAGGCCCAACCAAGUUAAAAUUGACGAUAAGAAGAGAUCAUCUGUUAGAAGAUGCCUUUGGUAAGAUCAUGGCUAUCAACAAGAAGGACAUUCAGAAGUGCAAGCUCUUCAUCUGCUUCGCUGGAGAAGAAGGGUUGGAUUAUGGUGGCCCGUCAAGGGAAUUCUUCUUCCUGUUGUCGAGGGAGCUCUUCAACCCAUACUAUGGUUUGUUUGAGUAUUCAGCCAUCGAUACCUACACUGUACAGAUCAGCCCGAUGUCAGCCUUCGUUGAUAAUUAUCUAGAAUGGUUCCGAUUCUGCGGUCGUGUAAUCGGGUUAGCGAUCAUCCACCACUUCCUCCUCGAUGCCUUCUUCACACGGCCGUUCUAUAAGGCCCUCUUGAGGCAGCUGUGUAGCUUGACCGACCUGGAGUCUCUGGACAGUGAGUUCUACCGUAGCCUUCUGUGGGUCAAGGAUAAUGACAUCACUGACCAGCUUGAUCUGACCUUCACAGCAGAUGAAGAGGUCUUUGGACAGCUAACAGAGAGAGAACUAAAGCCAAAUGGAUCUAACAUCGCAGUGACAGAGAAGAAUAAGAAGGAGUAUAUUGAGAAGAUGGUCAGGUGGCGUAUCGAGAGGGGGGUGUCGGAACAGACGGAGAGCCUUGUCAGAGGAUUCUAUGAGGUUGUUGAUUCCAGACUGGUAUCGGUGUUUGAUGCGAGGGAGUUGGAGUUGGUGAUUGCUGGUACGGCUGAAAUCGACGUUGCUGACUGGAGAAGGAAUACAGAGUAUAGAGGAGGUUUCCAUGAUAAGCAUCAUGUAGUCAAUUGGUUCUGGAUGGCGGUGGAGAGGUUUGACAAUGAGAGACGGCUUCGUCUGCUUCAGUUCGUCACGGGUACAUCCAGCAUUCCAUACGAGGGAUUUGCCGCCCUCCGUGGCAGCAACGGGCCUAGGAAAUUCUGCAUCGAAAAGUGGGGAAAGACCUCAUUCUUACCAAGAGCUCACACCUGUUUCAACCGACUUGACCUUCCUGCGUACCCAACCUACGCUGUGCUGAUGGAGAAACUGGUCAUUGCGGUGGAAGAGACGAGUACCUUUGGAAUCGACUGAGGUGUUGCAGCGGACGUAUGAGACAAGUCCUGGAUGAUGACAUGGAAACUUCAAAAGACCAAAUGUUGCGGAGAGAUCAGGAUUGAGAGAGAUGUUUGUUGUUUAAGAUGGAUGGGAAGAUCAGAGGUUGGUGAAGAUAAGGUUGGGAUGCCAUUGGUGUUGCUAAAGAAUCUUUGAGACUGUAAAUGAAUCUCUCAUUUCAGGACCGACUGAAAAUUGCCAUCUUGGAGAGCUUGGUCUUUCAUCUAUAUGGUUGUAUGAUUGAGAGGAAGCUGAAGUAACCUGUGGCCAUCUUUAAGGAAACCUUUAUCUGGGAUCCAUGUCAGUUUGACUUUCUUGCAAUGGAUUGGAGAUGAUGAAACCUACAAAAAUGACCAUCUUCAGGAUGAUUCAUGUGGGUUUGGCUUGUUUGUUACGGAGUGAAGAUGAAGAGAACUGUGCCUCUGGUGUCCCCAGAGAGAUACUGGAUGUUUAACCCCUUGCAGCAUGAGCAAUCCUUCACAGUUACACUCUGAGUGAUACUCCAUGGGAACUUUUCAGAAUACUAUUGUAUCAGAUCCUUGCAUGCAAAAAAUUAUAGUUUCCUUAACAAACCCAAUAGAACAAGUGAAUUCUGUAAGCUUUAGAUCAACAGGGCUUUCCGAUGACAUCUGUCCAGAGAGGACAUGUUUCUGGGAAUAUGGCAUUGAACAACUUCAAGAAUGAAGGAGGGUGAAUUAGUAUAACGUUCGUACAUCCUCCUCAGUCACUUACCAGUAUACAUGUGAUAAGAAAGAGGUUUAGAUGAUGGGCUGCCUGACAUGUCAGCUCUCUAUUUCAUUUUACCAAAGCUAUCCUACCUCUUAUGCAAUAUGAUAGUAUUUUGUGUAAGAUGCAAGAUGAGUUUGAAUUGGUAUGGAGCAUCAGAUAUUUCCAAGACCAUCAGGUUAAAAACAAAAAAUCCCACCAAGUUUGUAAAGUAAAGUAACGGUACCUCCCUCCAUUAUGGGUCACCUAAACUAUGACAUCAUAUAUUUUUUCUAUGGACUCCACACAUGCAAUCUCGUGUAAUAUUCCUUAGAACUGGUGGUGUUUCAUGAAAGUUGUCACCACUGACCGAAUUGUCAGUGCUGACAGUUUCAGUGAAAUUCUUCGUUUUGAUUGGCUGAAAGGCAUGGCCUCUGACUGUUGCUGUGGUAAUCGUCGGAGAAAGACACUUGUCAGUGCUGACAACUUUCAUGAAACGGCCCCCUGGUGUUAAGUAAAGGUUGAUUCCAUUGUACUCUGUAAUCUGUAUCAUCUCAAGGGGAAACUGUCUUUCAUCGACGGUUGGCUGUAAUACCUGGGCCCCGUCUUAUAAAGAGUUGUGAUUGAUCCGAUCAACCACAACUAUGGAAUGCCAGCAACAUCAACCUCU